AUGGCCAUCCCAGAGACUUUCAAGGCCUACCGUCGCACCACUGGCGCCCAUCCCCUAACCAUCGUCCCAACCACCGAAACCACUACCAAAAACCUCGGUCCCAAGGAUGUCCUCAUCAAAAUCCACUCCGUCUCCCUCAACUACCGCGACAUUGCCAUGCUCAGCGGCGUGUACCCGGCCAACGUCGUAGAGAAGGGCAUCCCGGCCUCUGACGCCUCCGCCGAAGUGGCCGCCGUGGGAUCGGCCGUGCAAAAGUUCAGGGUCGGAGACCGCGUUUCGCCAAACUUCUUUGUCAACUUCCUCACGGGCGAGGAGGAGGAGCCGGUGCAGGGCCUGGGAGGAGACGUCGAGGGUGUUUUGGCCGAGUAUGCGGUCUUCUCAGAGGAUCUGCUUGUGGGAUUGCCGGAGUAUCUGUCUUGGGAUGAGGCAUCUACCAUUGCUUGUGCUGGUGUUACCGCAUGGUCUAGUGUUGAUGGGCUGAAGGGUCUAUCGCCAGAGAAGGACUAUGCCCUUCUCGAAGGCACUGGCGGUGUCAGCAUCUUUUCCCUCCUCCUCCUCGUCGACGCCGGCAUCAAGACCAUCAUCACCUCCUCCUCAGACGCCAAAAUCGCCCAGCUCCAGAAAUUGAGCCCCCUCGUCAUUGGCAUCAACUACAAGACCACCCCCGACAUUGCCGCGGAGGUCCAGCGCAUCACCAACGGCAGGGGAGCCAAGAUUGUCCUCAACAACAUUGGCCCGGCAUCCAUUCCAUCAAACAUUGAUUCCCUGGCGUCGUGGGGUUCAAUCAAGAUUGUGGGAUUCCUUGGAGGAUUCACCGGGGACUGGAACCCGAGUAAAAUCCUCGAGCUCCUGUGGAGGCGUGCCAAUAUCCAGGGCAUUGCUGUUGGCUCGAAGCGUGAUUUCGAGGAUUUGAAUGCUUAUUUGGAAAAGCGAAAGAUUAGCCUUGCGCCACUGCUGGAUCGUGUGUUUACGCUUGAUGAGACCAAGGAGGCGUUUGACCACAUGAUUGCUGGCCGCCACGUUGGAAAGAUUAUCAUCAAGGUGGCCGAGUAA